GACAGCGGCGGCGGCGGCGGCGGCUGAAGAGGGUCCGGCCUGCAGGAACCUUGGUGGGAGAGCCGGCUACGGCGCGCGGCCACCAUGACCGCGCCGUCGGAGGAAGAAGAGUACACACGGCUGGUGAUGGACGCGCAGCCAGAGUGGCUGCGCGCGGAAGUGAAGAGGUUGUCCCACGAGCUGGCCGAGACCACGCGCGAGAAGAUCCAGGCGGCUGAGUACGGGCUGGCGGUGCUGGAGGAGAAGCACCAGCUGAAGCUGCAGUUCGAGGAGCUCGAGGUGGAUUAUGAGGCCAUACGCAGCGAGAUGGAGCAGCUCAAAGAGGCAUUUGGACAGGCCCACACAAACCACAAGAAGGUGGCUGCAGAUGGUGAGAGCCGAGAGGAGAGCCUGAUCCAAGAGUCAGCCUCCAAGGAGCAGUACUAUGUGCGGAAGGUGCUAGAGCUGCAGACAGAGCUGAAACAGCUGCGCAAUGUCCUUACCAACACACAAUCUGAGAAUGAGCGCCUUACAUCUGUGGCUCAGGAGCUGAAGGAGAUUAACCAGAAUGUGGAGAUACAGCGUGGCCGCCUUCGGGAUGACAUCAAGGAGUACAAGUUCCGGGAGGCCCGCCUACUACAGGACUACUCAGAGCUGGAGGAGGAGAACAUCAGCCUGCAGAAGCAAGUGUCUGUACUCAGACAGAACCAGGUGGAGUUUGAGGGUCUCAAGCAUGAGAUCAAGCGUCUGGAGGAGGAGACUGAAUAUCUCAACAGCCAGCUGGAGGAUGCCAUCAGGCUCAAGGAGAUCUCUGAGCGGCAGCUGGAGGAGGCACUAGAGACAUUGAAGACAGAGCGGGAGCAAAAGAACAGUCUGCGCAAGGAGCUGUCACACUACAUGAGCAUUAAUGAUUCCUUCUACACCAGCCACCUGCAGGUCUCCCUGGAUGGCCUCAAGUUCAGCGAUGAUGCCACUGCUGAGCCCAACAAUGAUGCUGAAGCCCUGGUCAAUGGCUUUGAGCAUGGUGGCAUGGUCAAACCACCACUGGACAAUAAGACGUCCACACCCAGGAAAGAUGGCCUGGCGCCACCUUCCCCCAGUCUUGUCUCUGACCUGCUUAGUGAGCUCCAUAUCUCUGAGAUACAAAAGCUGAAGCAGCAGCUAGUGCAGAUGGAGCGAGAGAAGGUAGGCCUGCUGGCAACACUGCAGGACACCCAGAAGCAACUGGAGCAGGCACGAGGAGCCCUGUCUGAGCAACAUGAGAAGGUGAGCCGCCUCACAGAGAACCUGAGUGCCCUGCGUCGCCUGCAGGCUGGCAAGGAGCGGCAGACGGCCUUGGACACUGAGAAGGACCAUGACAGCCAUGAAGAUGGCGAUUACUAUGAGGUAGACAUCAACGGGCCUGAGAUUCUAGCCUGUAAGUACCAUGUGGCUGUAGCUGAAGCUGGAGAGCUCCGGGAGCAGCUGAAGGCUCUCCGUAGUACCCAUGAAGCUCAAGAAGCCCAGCAUGCCGAGGAGAAAGGCCGCUAUGAGGCUGAAGGCCAGGCCCUCACUGAGAAGGUCUCCCUGCUAGAGAAGGCCAGCCACCAGGACCGCGAGCUGCUGGCCAGGCUGGAGAAGGAGCUGAAGAAAGUGAGCGAUGUGGCUGGUGAGACCCAGGGCAGUCUGAGUGUGGCUCAGGAUGAGCUGGUGACCUUCAGUGAGGAGCUGGCCAACCUCUACCACCAUGUGUGCAUGUGCAACAAUGAGACACCCAACCGAGUCAUGCUGGAUUACUACCGAGAGGGCCAGGGUCGGGCCGGGGCUGGCCGCACCAGCCCUGGAGGUCGUACUAGCCCAGAGGGCCGGGGGCGUCGCUCACCUAUCCUCCUGCCCAAGGGGCUUCUGGCCACAGAAGUGGGCCGACCAGAUGGUGGGGCUGGGGACAGCAGCCCCUCACCCAGUUCUUCCCUGCCAUCACCUCUGAGUGACCCCCGCCGGGAACCCAUGAAUAUCUACAACCUGAUUGCCAUCAUCCGUGACCAGAUCAAGCAUCUGCAGGCAGCUGUGGACCGCACGACAGAGCUGUCUCGCCAGCGCAUUGCCUCCCAGGAGCUAGGCCCUGCGGUGGACAAGGACAAGGAGGCACUCAUGGAAGAGAUCCUCAAGCUGAAGUCACUGCUCAGCACCAAACGGGAGCAGAUCACCACUCUGCGCACUGUGCUCAAGGCCAACAAGCAGACAGCUGAGGUGGCCCUUGCCAACCUGAAGAGCAAGUAUGAGAAUGAGAAGGCCAUGGUGACUGAGACCAUGAUGAAGCUACGCAAUGAGCUGAAGGCCCUGAAAGAGGAUGCAGCCACCUUCUCCUCACUGCGAGCUAUGUUUGCUACCAGGUGUGAUGAGUAUAUCACGCAGCUGGAUGAGAUGCAGAGGCAACUGGCAGCUGCUGAGGAUGAAAAGAAGACACUUAAUUCCCUGCUGCGCAUGGCCAUCCAACAGAAGCUGGCACUUACGCAGCGACUGGAGCUGCUUGAGCUGGACCAUGAGCAGACCCGACGGGGCCGCACAAAGGCAGCCCCAAAGGCCAAGCCAGCCACUCCAAGCGUAAGUCACACCUGUGCCUGUGCCAGUGACAGGGCUGAGGGCACUGGGCUGACCAACCAGGUGUUCUGCAGUGAGAAGCACAGCAUUUACUGCGACUAGGGCUGUGGGGUUCCGCACGCUGCAGCUAACAUCUGCUUCACCUCAACUAACCCAGCAGCGGGACAGCGGUGCUAGGCCAGUCUUAACGUGACUAAUGCACAGAGGGCAAGAUUCUAGCCAAGUGGUGGUGUGGGGCACCAGGACACUUCCAUGAGCUUUGUGUCACUUCCUGCUCCUUUUGCCUCCAGUGUCAGCUGCUGUCUUGGGGGCUUUGGCAAUGGGGUGGUGCUUCAUAUCUUUGUGGAAGACAGAUGUGUGGAAGUGUCUUCCAGGGGCCCAAGGAGAAAGUCCUACUCCUGCUCCCUGGAUACCCCCAGAGAGGCAGAACGUGGAGCUUAUAUUUGCAUGUUCCUCGCAUGUGUCUGUGUCAGCACCUGAAAGCAGUUCCACGAGGUUCUGACCUGCAUCCCAGGUCCAGCCUCAGAGGACAGCUCUGGUGGGCUGGCAUAGUUUUAGGAGAAAUGUUACAUUAUAGUCUGUGCAGCAUCUGCAAAUCACAUUCGGGAUAAAGUGCAGAACUUCUUCCCCAAACUCAGAGAACAAUGGCCCUGGACUCUUGCAUUCUGCAGAUGAGAACCACAUAUGUUGGAGACAGCUGACCAUAACCUGGGAGAACAGAGCUUGGAGGCCACAGUUUCUCAUUUGUGAGAUCUGCAUGUUGGUCUACUGGCCUGUGAGGUAACAAGUUGGCAAGCCUUAAGGGCCAGGUUUUUGGUUUUUUUGUUUUUUAAAUAAGAAAAGUGUUCCAAGUGCCUGGCCAGACCUUGGUCCUUGGUGUGCAGCCCAUCCUUCUAUUCCCAGUUGCCCAUGUUCAGGGCUUCUUUGUAGAAGGCUUCAGACCUGAAGAAGCAGAGGCUUGAGAGCUGCUAGCACGCUUGGCUGAGUUGCAGAUACCCACAAGUGUAGCACAACAUAGCCUUGUGCUCGGAGAGCUUUGCACAGGCCCAGGGCAGGUAGGAGGUUUGUGGUUCUCUAGUGCAAUUUGGGAGUGAGGACAGAAAGAGGAAAAGCAGCCAAAGUACUCCUCUUUAUGGAGGCAUCAUCAGCGCAGAGCUAUGGCAUCAGGCACCGAGUUCCCGCACUGUGAAACAACUCAUUUCAGUAUUCCUUUCCUCAUCUCCAUGGGGCUUCCAGAACUGAGGCUUCCCCUUGCUCCCCUCAUGGCUGCUUGCCAGUCUGUCCCUGCUAUGUUGACCCCCUCACAGCUGUCCGUCCUUACUUCCUCUGGAUGCCAAGAGUAUCUUGUUCUCCUCCAGGUUCUAGGUGCUGCACAGAUGCACAUUGAAGUAUAGAACAGGCCACAUUUGUCCCCUGCACAUCCAUCCUAGAGAUGGCUGCUUGCAUGCUCACACACUUUCUGCCUUUUUCUCUCCUCACUGGGCCAGCAGCAGCUUCUCUUGUACUUACAGGGGCUUUGUGGGCACUUUGGAGCCACUGGCCUUCCUAACACACAUGCCCGUCGACUCCGCCAACUAACGAGCUCGCGCACUCCCAGCACAAGAGCUGUAGUUGUCAAGUGAACAGCAAGUGUCAGGUGACCAGUUUCUAACGUUGUCUUAUUUUCUCCUGUUUUCAGCUGUAGAGUAGCUGCUGGGAGGACGUGGCCGCCCAGCCCUGUCACACUGCAGUCCCUUUCCCCAACCCCCUCCCGUGGCCCAUGCAGAGGAAGGAAGGGCAGCCUAAAAGUCACAUUUUAGAAACAUUUUGGAUAUGCCACUGCAAUUCUUUUCAAAAUAGCACUACGCAGGUUUUUUUUAUGGGAAUGAGAAAAAAGAAAGCUUUAAUGUUGAGAAUGCCGCGAGCUGCUGCUUGGAAAGGCCUCUGCACAGCCGAAGAACCUGCUUCUACAGCCACUGUCAGGCUUGCUAGGAGCCUGCUGGAACACCCAUCAUAGGGGUCUCCUUAUUACACGUGUUCCUUUUUUACCCGAUCAACCUGUGCACUUUUGAUAUUUUGAUAUUAUAUUUGCUUCCCUAAUUCCUUGUGUAGAGAUAGUCUCAGAUGCUGUGGUCUGUGCUUGUGGUCCUUUAGCUGUCUGUCUAAGCUCCCAGUGCGUUGAUCUGGCAUCGACAUGAGGCAGAGCUGUGCUCCAUACAAAGUGUGUAGCUCUAGAAUGAAGAUGGGGCUUCCACCCAGUGAGGGGCUCAGCUAAAUGUAGCCACGCUGUGGUUCAGCAGCCUUUAGUUUAUACGGCAUUAUGGUUCAUGUUUGAAAUUACAGAUCUUAAAUGCCAUGUUCAUUAAGAAAUCCAGGGUAUUCUGAUUCUGGGGUUUUUUUCAUAUUGUAUUAUUAUUAUUCUUAGGAAUAGUUCAAUGUAACAAGAAGAAAACUUGACCUUUGCUCUGGUUAAAACAGUAAUAGGCACUUGAAAAAAAAGAUAAAUUAUUGAAUGAGUAGUAUUACCUACAAAUUCCAGAAUUUUCUGGGUUUUAGGACAUUGUGAAGCAUGACUGAUUAACAGAAUUUUAUACAACUGUACCAGUGAAAUUCCAAAUUGGAAUUGUUUUGUUACUCUGGUUGUUGUGCCAAAUUGUGGUGCACUUAGAAAAUUCUACAGUCGUCGAUUUUUAGGGUGUUAUAUUUCAACACCUUUUUGUUAGUAAUCAUUGCCAGUAGUGCCUUCAUCAGUUAAGGAAGGUGUCCCAGUGAAGUCAAUUCUCUGAAAUGGGCAGCAAAGAGCUAGUUGGGAAUGCUGAAGGCCAGUGUGAACCAACAGGUGGGAGCAGGCACCCACCUCACACUUGUACCUGGGCAUCUUCAUUGAGGGGGGAAAAAACAGUAAUUGUGCAAAAUUCUGUUAGUCAGUGAUUCUUUACUUGCAAAUUCAGGGGUUUAGAAAACAAAAGGAAACACAAAACUUUGAGUGUGCUUUUGGGAACCAAAUGGACUUUAUGGGACAAACUAAGCAAGCUGUAUGAACACCACGUUUGUGAAGAGCAGAGGGCGGCAGGAGAGCCGGCAAGGUCAGUCGGCACUCUAGUAGGGGGAUGAGGGCUAGCCAUAGUAUUCUUUGCAAAUGUGAAAAGGAGGACAUUUUAUCUUCUCUUGCUUGGUGUAACUAAUCACUGUUAAUUUCAGGAAACAGAACUCAUUAAAGCUCCUUAGCAAACUGCUUGCUAAGUGAGAGGUUCACUGGUGUGGUCAGAUUGGUACUAGUGGAGGAGAAAAACUGGUCUCCAUCCUCCAAAAAAAGGACAAAUUUUAAUAGUAUAAAUUGCAAGGAUCAAAGAAUUCUGUUUCCUGGAAAGAGCAUUUCUUACUCCUCAUUGUUGGGACUCCUAUUUUUACCUUCUGUUACAGUGUUGACUUAUAAGAAAUAUUGUUACAUUUAAGAUAACCAUCUGUAUGGGGUAUUUAUUUGCAAUGAUGUCUAAGUACUGUAUUUUUUUUGUGCAUUACCUUAGUGUCAUAAUGUUGGUCUUUAUUUUAAAGUCAUAUGCAUGUUAUCCUGCCAAGGAAUCUUUACACAGACCCAAACAAACAAAUGAUAAUAAGCAAAUGCCUUCAGUUUCUGAGAAAAUGAGGCAAAGUGUGAAAAAGGAAUAGGAGGGAAAAAUGAUUUGAGACUCUUUUGGACAUAGACGUGAAUGUCCGUAAAGCUAAUGUUCAUAGGAACAGUGGGCCUGGGUAAAGAGUCAUGCUGGUAGGACCAAUAAAUAAAGAAUAAUAAAAAGAUGAAGCACA